UGGAACCAGGUUGUAAACAAGUGAUGGUUAGUUGGUAGUUAUCGUAAAUUUAAUGCCUUUGACAUUUAUGAACUAUACCUUUGUGAAUCAUAAAAAGAUAUAGGAUAAUGGAAUCUUCGGAUGACGAAGCCCCCGAGUUGGUACCGGCAGUUUUUAGACCUGUCCCCGUGACUAUAAUUACAGGUUAUCUUGGUGCUGGAAAGACAACUUUACUGAACUACAUUCUUACCGAACAACACGAGAAAAGGAUUGCUGUUAUACUUAAUGAAUUUGGAGAAGGAAGUGCCUUGGAGAGGAGUGUGGCUGUUGGACAAGCUGGCGAGUUGUAUGAAGAAUGGCUCGAGUUAAGAAAUGGCUGCUUAUGCUGUUCUGUUAAAGAUAAUGGUGUGAAGGCAAUCGAAAACCUGAUGACUAAACGAGGAAAAUUUGACUACAUACUACUUGAGACCACCGGCUUAGCAGAUCCUGGCCCAAUAGCAUCUAUAUUCUGGCUCGAUAAGGAACUUGGCAGCGACAUCUUUCUUGAUGGAAUUGUGACAGUCAUUGACAGCAAACAUGGCUUGAAGCAACUCGGAGUGAAACCCCAGCUCGAAACUUCUGAUGAAUGUGGCAAAGAUUCUUUGAAUGAAGCUGUCAGGCAGGUUGCUCUGGCCGAUUUGAUCAUCGUUAACAAAGUUGACCUUGUGAACCAGGAACAGUUGGCAGAACUGAAGAAGGAAAUCAGGGGAAUUAAUGGUGCUGCGGAACUGAUGGAAACGACGCGUUGCAGGGUGGACCUGCAUCGGAUACUGGACCAGCGAGCGUACACAGGGUCUGCACAGCUUCAUAGGUUGGAAAAACUUAUAGAAGACGUUGAAGCUCACAGAAAUCUCCAGCACUUAGAUAAGGCUGUGGUGACUGUGACUGUGGAUGUGCCUCGCGCAGUUAGUCGCUCCGGGCUCGAUCUCUUCCUACAAAAGCUGCUCUGGGAAAGUGACUCUGUGAGCUCCAGCGGCCCGCCUUUAUCCAUAAUCAGACUCAAGGGCGUCGUGUCUCUGUGCAACGAAGAACGCCCUCUCCUGGUGCAGGCUGUGUAUGACAUGUAUGAUACAGAGCCAAUUUUUGCAGAUGUUGGGGAUUCCCCUAAUUGUCGGUUUAUCUUCAUUGGUCGCGGGCUGCAAAAGCGAGUUCUGGAAGACUUAUUUCUUGAGUGUGCGGAUCACGAGGGCUCCAGUUCAUGGCGGUUUUCGUGGUGGUGAAUGAAAUGAAGGCUCCAGUCUACAGAGGAGUGAUACCACGUAGUCGGACAGAACGUAUUGAUUGUCUCGAAGGUGCCUUCUUCUUCAGGGUUUAUUCUUGUAACCUGAAGAAAUUUACGAAAGUG